AUGUUCAAUAUGGACGGGACGAAUGGCCAUCGGUGUCCACUCCUGGACAGCGCGGGAGUGCCCCUGAAUCUCGGAGGGUCUCCUAGCUCAGGCAACGGUUCGGAUAUGUUCCUCUAUGAUGAUUCUUCGAUAUCAGACGGCAGUCUUUACGCAAGUGAUCAAGAAAAUCUUUCAACUCCCAGAAAAAGAUCGGAAUGCCGGCGAUUGCAUAGACGGCGGUCACGCUGCCCUCAACAGCAAAUGCAGCAGCGUCAAGCGGCGAACUUGCGCGAGCGCAGACGCAUGCAAUCCAUCAAUGACGCGUUCGAAGGGUUGCGUGCACACAUACCUACCCUUCCGUAUGAGAAGCGACUAUCUAAGGUGGAUACACUAAAGCUGGCCAUCGGCUACAUAAGCUUCCUUGGAGAACUCGUUCGAGCUGAUCGCAACUCUUCAGAGACAAUGCUCACCGGUGUCACCAACAUACAAAAUAAAGACGAGCAGAGGAAAGUCAUAAUCAGGGAUCGGAGCAAUUGUCAAUCUCACUCUCUGUCGUGGUCGCGCCGCGGAGAACAUCCAUCCGGUGGUACUUUACAUGCGAAGAUCUGGAUACCAGAAGAUCCCCGAACCCUCACCGGAACCAGUAACGUAAUAGAGAAAGAAGAGCUUAGAUAA